ACUGUGGGCAACCUCAGUCAGACAGGUGGAGGAGAGGAGACGUCGCCGACGCCGCUCGCCUGAGGUGCACCUAUCGCAUUUUGGACUUGGAUCGGGCAGGACCGGGCCGGACUGCGGAGGCCGCUAUUCGGCUCCUCCUGCAGCCGCUGAACGGUGCUUGGAAAGCACGCUCCGGCUCGGUUCUCCAUCCUAAUCGUCGCGCACAUGCUUGAACACUUCGGGGAGGACUCGGGCAGGAGGAGGUGGAGGCAUGUAGUUGCAAUAGAUUAAUUGACAAGGACCACGUGGACUUGUUCGUUUUUUGACAUCGCGAGUGCUUUCCAAGUCAAGCGUGGGCCAUGGAGAACCAAGGCGCCGAGUUGCAGAAUUUCGAAGACGUGCAGAGAAGCGGCUACCUCCGCAAGCACAAAUCAAUGCACCGGCGCUUCUUCGUGCUGAGGACGGCCUCGGAGCGUGGUCCCGCUCGCUUGGAGUAUUACGAGAACGAGAAGAAAUUCCGCAGCAAAUCUCCCGUGCCCAAGAAAGUGCUGAACCUGGAGACGUGCUUCAACAUCAACAAGCGGGCGGAUUCCAAGAACAAGCACCUGAUCGUGCUCUACACGCGCAGCGAGAGCUUUGCCAUCGCCGCGGAAAGCGAGGAGGUCCAAAACGAGUGGUACCAAGCCAUGCUGGAUCUCCAGUGCAAUUGUAAAUCUCCUGAAGAUUAUGGAAGUAGCGGAGAGUGUAGCUCCCCGUCUCCAAUUCCAACUUUCAAGGAGGUGUGGCAGGUUAAAGUGUGGCCAAAGGGUCUUGGACAUGCCAGGAACUUAGUAGGCAUCUACCGCCUGUGCCUAACUGACAAGACGGUCAACUUUGUCAAGCUCAAUUCUGACGUAGCCGCCGUCGUGCUGCAGCUGAUGAAUGUUCGCAGAUGUGGCCAUUCCGAGAACUUUUUCUUCAUCGAGGUGGGUCGUUCAGCCAUAACUGGACCCGGAGAGUUUUGGAUGCAAGUGGAUGAUUCUGUGGUGGCUCAGAACAUGCACGAGACCUUGCUGGAAGCCAUGAAAGCGCUAAGCGAGGAGUUCCGUCAACGCAGCAAAUCUCAGUCCGUGGGGACGUCGUGCGGCGGCGGGACCGCUUCGAACCCCAUCAGUGUUCCGAGUCGCCGACAUCAUCCCAAUCUGCCGCCCAGUCAAGUGGGCUUUACCAGGAGAGCCCGCACGGAGACCCCGGGCGGGAGCAGUACCAGCACCUCGCCCACAUUGCGCCACGGAUUUCCGCGGGCUCGAACGGCAAGCAUCGGGGCCAGGUCGGAGGAGAGCGGAGCAAGUACCAGGUCAACAUGGGCCAGCUCCAGCCCGAGUCUUAAUGGAUCCUGCUCGACUACACCAACGCUCAGGCCCAAGCCCACCAGGGCCCCCACCCCGGCAAAGAUUACCCUCAGCCUGGCACGUUACACCCCUAACCCUGCUCCCUCUCCCGCUCCGAGUCUGUCCUCCAGCUCCGGCCACGGCUCCGAAUGCGGUCUAGUGGGCGCAGCGGUGGGAGGCAUGACGGUGUGCUCCUACCCCCGAGUGUCUCAGAGAGUUUCCGUUUCAGGUUCACCGAGCGACUAUGGCUCCUCUGACGAAUACGGUUCCAGUCCCGGCGAACACUCGCUGCUCAUGCCCAGUAUGGCCGCCCAUCACGGGCACGGAGAAGGGCCCUCAAGCUACAUAGUCAUGGGUCAGCGAGAGGGCCUCCUUGGUUCCCGUCAUCGCACCAAAGGCAGGCGCGUUCUUCGGCGCUCAUCCAGUCGGGAUUCUGAGGCGGAACGAAGAUUACUAAGUAAGAGAGCUUCCCUGCCUUUGGCCACCCACGAACGACUGGCUCAACAUCGAAAAGACGAUGAGGAGGACGCGGAAGAAUAUGCCGUAAUGUCACGGGGUGCUAAGGGAGAAGGCUCCGGAGGCUUGGCGGCGGGGUGCGGGCGAGGUGACGUGGCGGGGGAGAACCGAAAACGAUUGGACAAAAAGAGGGAAGCGGAUGCAAGCGGCUACAUGUCGAUGCUGCCCGGAGUCACGUCUCCGGCUGCAGACGACGAGUACAUGGCCAUGACGCCGAACAACAGCGUGUCACCGCCUCAGCACAUGCGGCAGCCCAGCUCGGAGGGUUACAUGGUCAUGUCCCCAAACAGUAGCGUCUCGACAGAGUUGCUCGGACUGGGAAUGUGGGAUACCAGGGGGAGCAUGGAGAGCCGGGUUGCCAGUGACUACAUGAACCUCUCCCCCGUCAGUAGCCACUCUGCCUGUAGCACACCACCUUCCCACCCCGAACAGCACCAACUGCAACCAAAAAUGUUGAAUUCCUACUUCUCUUUGCCGCGAGCUUAUCAGCAUACCCUCUACAGUCGCUUUGAGGAGGAUCUAAACAAAGAGGAAUGCAAAAAGGACGGUAACGAUAGCACUGGAAUCGGUGGAGGAGUCGGGUACAAUAAGAGAAACAAAAUGGGAGUGGGCCCUGCCGGAGGCUUCCAACUCUCCAUGUCUUCGUCUUCUUUCUCCUCGAGCUCAGCCAGCAGCGAAAGCCUGGAGGACAAGUCCGUAUCAGCCGGCAAAGGGUUAAGUUUGUACAAGAGUGCAGGAACAUGCACCAAGGAUAGCCGUCACCUACAAAAACGCGGAUCGAGCUGCAAGAGUCCAAAGCAACAAAGGAGGGGCCGCCCCCUCAGCAUGUCUUCAGACAUUACGAAAGCAAACACGUUGCCUCGGGUGAAAGAGAAUCUGCCCCCGAUGGCGGCUCACAACGUUGGCGAGUAUGUCAGUAUUGUUUUUAAGGAAGACAAGAAGUAUAAUGGCGGAAGAUGCGCGGGGUCGGAUCGAGCGCAACCCGUCAUUCACGGAACCCUCCGGCCCUCGAACCAGCCCCUCCUCGCUCCCGACAAUGCUGCUAACCUUCCUCGCAGCUUCUCGGCACCGUUGUCCACCUCUGCCGAGUAUGUCAGCAUGGAUGUCGGGAAGUCACCCACACCGCUACGGUCAACAUUCAGACCCCCGCAGGCCCCACCGGCUGUCGCCCCCAAGGGCCGACUUGAACGUGGCACGUGUUCUCCUCUGGCAGCAGAAGGAAACUCUCUCCAUCGAUCCAAAGGAAAGACGGCAGGAGACGCCCACAGUUCGUUCAUUGACAACAUUUCGGAUCCCGGCCUUUCGGCGAGACCCGCCGCCCACUCGGGUCCGCCCGUAUCCAUAGGGGGGGAAUCAGGGUUGGGGUUUUCUCCUGUCAAGACCUUCCAGUCUCCUGAGCAUGGCAACAGGCUAGUCCGAGCCGAUGCUCAGGCUCGGCGGGGCCACCACCCGGAAACCUUCAACUCGCCUCCAUCCGCGCCCCGACACCCAGCCUCCGCUACCAACAUCUUCCCAGAAGGCAGUCAACCGGCGGACCACCGGCACACUUUGGACUGCUCGCAGUGGAAAAGCGGUCAGGCAGCUGGUUUGUCUGACACGCCGCCUCCGCAAGCCCCCGCUGAACAAGGCCUUAACUAUAUUGACCUUGACUUGGCCAUUAAGGAGAGCUCUCAAGCGGGAGCUGAGCGUUCCUCAGCCGCCUACAACAUUGGCGCAGGCGCUCUGGGCAGUGGCGCGGGCUCCAGCCUCAAUACGUACGCCAGUAUUGACUUCUAUAAGUCAGAGGAACUGAGAGCACACCAAAUUGGCAGACAGGAUGAUCAAGAUUGUUGAUUUGUGCUCAAGUCUACGAUGAGAGCUGCGCCAUGCCCAACUGUUGCCGCAACACAACUGUACGCCGAGGCCAAAACACCGGAACGCUGGGAAACCAUUCCUCAUCCGUCUGCCGUGUUCUAACAACCAAACAUGUGCCAAACACACACACUCACACACACACGCACACAGGGUAAGGAAACUAUCUGUUUGUAUUGCUUUCUCUGAUCAGCUAACAUGAACUUGAUCAAGGAUUAAGUGUGAUGACGUGGGUUCACCGGACGGCUUUAUGUCCAUUUGACACGAUUAAAGCACUAUGACAGUCGGGCAAAGCCAUAAAGUCGGUAAAAAUGUCACACGUUCGGUUCGAUUGCCUCCAAGAUUGACAUGAUUGUGACUGGUCGCUAAGCAAAUGUCAUGAAAUGUGAUCAUUCAAGGUUGAGGCGUGGCAUCCAUUUAGUUUAUGGAGUCUGAGUGCGGCUUAAAGUCACAAAAGGCUUUGCUUGUGUCCAAUGUGCAGCACCGUUUUCUGAAAACGUGAAAUAUAGUUUUCACACAAGAACACACUUUGUCAUGUUUGUCAAUUUUAAUACAUGCAGGAAACAUGAAAGCCAGAAUGCUUCUUUGGGAACUUUAUUGAGCUAUAACCCUCGCAGCCAUUUGUCCUCACUGAUUAGACAAUUCAGAGCACUAAUAGAACAAACGCCUGAUGAGUGACCCCCCCGCCCUCCCACCCCCCAUUACUGUACAGUGGUGCCUCUACUUACAAAUGUCCCUUCAUACAAAAUUUUCAAAUUACGAAACGCGUCAACAGGAAAAUAUUGCCUCUUGUUACGAAAGAAAUGUCCAAAUACGAAAGGUAAAAAUACAGUCAGGGCUGCUACUCGCAGCUCCGAGUUUCCUGAACGCAACAUACGUAUAGAUGCUCUGCCAUUGGCUGUUACCGAUCAUCUUCCUCGCAUCCCAUUGGCUAAGAGGGAGAUCUAAGGUAUGAGUCUAUUUGUGUAGAUAGAUCUGUGUCUGUGCAGCGUCCUCGUCAUUCGCCCCUCCGGCCAUGAGGCGUUCCGAUAGUUUUACGUAAAUGUGAAUCAUCCAGAAAAAGUGUUCAUCAAGUUGGACGAUGCCUGACUAUGCCGAUGUUUGCCUUUCGAAGGAUUGUUAAAACCCAACAAAAGCAAGCUUCCUAGGAUCAGUACUCAACAAAACCCUAGGCAAAAACUACUUCUGAGAGAGAACACGAACUAAAGAGGGCAAAAAAAACCCUGAUGAGGAUGCAGUUAAAUGACCAUCAUUUUUAUUCUUUAUUCUUUGUUUUUUACAUUAAAGACAACUCUCAUUUAUUGUGCAAUAAUCUAAUUGUAACACUUAUUUGUUACAUAUUUUGAUGAAUUUUUAUGCUUUAGAAAACAUUAAUGUCUGAAUUUUGGUUGGGCGUGGAACGAAUUCGGGCAUUCACAUAGAAAACGCGUCUCUACUUACAAAAUGUUCCAGUUCAGAAAUUUCUUCUGGAACCAAUUCAUUUCGUAAGUAGAGGUCCCACCGUAUUACAUUUCUGCAUUCAACAUCUGCACUAGCUGACGACAGCAUGCUCCUAUGCUCCUGAAAUGUCAUUCAGUAGGGGUGGGGGGACCUCACUGUAGCCACUCAUUUGACUAGUGUACCCUACACAGUCUACUAGUGAGGACAAAGAGCUUACAGGUACGCAGAGCACACACUAGUAAACAGACAAUUCGGUGCACUAGUAGGAUAUGGGAUAAAUAAACGCUCCUACAACUUUUCUUUUGUGUGUACCUGGCGACAGGCAUUAUAAGACCACAUUCAAGGUUUGUGGUUGUUUUAUGGCUCGUAUUGUAUUAGGAACUGGUACUCGAUAUUAUCAGGACUCAACUCAACUCAACUGUAUUUAGAGAGCACUUUCAAACAGCCAUCGCUGCAUACAAAGUGCUGUACAUGGAGCAAUUUAACAUAUACAAUAAACAGUAAAACAAAUUGGUAAUAAAGACGGUAGAAAGCAAAGAUUUAGUAGUAUUUCAGUGGUAAGAACCCACGACUGGCACUGUGGCACACAAUUCCACCUGAUUCUUACACAACCUCUGAUGUGAUUCAAUUAACCAUCUCCUGUCAAGUCUUCACCACAAGAUGUAUUAUUGCCAGUCGCCAAAGCUUUUAAUGCUGUGUGCAUCCUGGUACAAACAGUGCAUAACAAUUGGCAAAUUUGCAUAACAUUCGUCUGCAGCCGCAUUGUCGGUCAGCGUGUCUUCAGUAUAACGUAAAGAACCUCACACAAACGGGACUUUACGGUGGUUCAAAAAUGUUGCCUUCGGUCAAAAAAAAAAAAAAAAAAAGAUAAACAAGAAUAAUACUGUACAGUUAAAUACAUUACAAGAAAAAACUUUUUUAGGUUCCUUUUUGAACAUUAUUAUGUUAUGGUCGAACCCACGUGUAGCACAAUUCCCACUGGAAGUGUGUCGAUUAUUAUAACUGUUUUUUUUUUUUUUAAAUAUAUGUGUAUAUUGUACGACGGUUCAUGCCAGUAUACAAGCAAACAGCAUUUAAAACACCACAGCUUGUUUUUCUUCAUUCGCCAAACAGUUUACACAACUAUAAUGUGACAACACAUAUUAUUUAAAGAUAUACACGAUACAUACAGUAUUUUGAUGAAUACUAUUUAGCCUAUAGAUAUCUAUAUACUCUUUUAUAAAGUGCCUCUUUUUUGAUUGUAGCUGUUUUACACAGGUAAUCUUAAAAUGGGUUGUGAAAAUACAAAGAAAAAAAUAGUCAACAAACACAAUGAUAUCAGUAACUAUUUGUUUUUUUUUUAAAUGGCCUUACUUUUGAUCUGAAACGCGCAAAGAUUUUUGUUUGGGUGCCUAACAGUUUAAGCCACAAUGUAAGCAUCCCCUUGCUCUUGUUUGACUUUGUUAAGUUGAGGUUUGGCUCGACAAAGUGAAGCAAAAAAAUAAAGAAAUUAAAAAAUAAUAA